AUCCAUCGUCGCUCUAUAUCUGAGGGAGAGCUGCUGAACGGAGAGUAAACAGGGGUCGCCGGAAGCAAGGGAAUCCGACGCCAAGUAGAUCGGCCGGCAGGCAGCGAAGAAGAAGAAGAAGAAGAUGUCGUGGCAGACAUACGUCGACGAACACCUCAUGUGUGAGAUCGAGGGCAUCCGCCUCUCCUCCGCCGCCAUCGUCGGUCACGACGCCACCGUCUGGUCUCAGAGCUCCUCCUUCCCUCCGUUGAAGCCUGAAGAAAUUACUGCAAUUAUGAAUGAUUUUGCUGAGCCAGGCUCUCUUGCUCCAACCGGUUUGUACCUUGGGGGAGCGAAAUACAUGGUGAUCCAAGGCGAACCUGGGGCUGUCAUUCGGGGAAAGAAGGGACCUGCUGGUGUUACUGUUAAAAAGACCAACCAAUCAUUGGUAAUUGGGCUCUAUGAUGAGCCCAUGACACCAGGCCAAUGCAACAUGGUUGUUGAAAGGCUUGGUGAUUAUCUCAUCGACCAGGGUCUCUAAUCACUUCUGUCAGUCAAAUAAUGAGUAUACUAUUACAUGAGGUUGUGAAACAAACACUAUUUGGGGCUUGAGAAGUGCUGGAUGUGAUCAUCUGAGUCAAAAGUUUGUGUCUAUUUUUUCCUUUGCUCUGUUCUUGUAAACGUUUACUAUGAUUUCCAAGUGAGGCAAGUAUUUGCUUUGGAGUGCUUGUACUUUAAUAAACUUCCAAUUUAAUUGAAGCACCUCAUAAAUAUAAUGCGGUUUGAAUAA